CGCAACGGCAGGGACCCGCGCACCGGAACAGUUCCCAGCGAAGAGGAGGCACGGAGGGCUGUAUCUUGGCUGCCCGGCCCUCCUUCGCCAACCCGGCUGGGAGACCGGGGCUUGCUCGAGAGCCUCGGCUCAGAAGGCCUGGGCGAAAGGGCUCCCGGUGCGGCCGCACGUGCUGACAUCACAGGCGUAGGGAGGGAAGGAACCCCGACCCCGCCCGGGCACGUCGAGCGCAGCCAGCAGCCGCCCGCCUUUCCUCCGGGCGCGCGCCUAGGUCUCCACUUUCGCCUAGCGCCUGCCUUACUCCCGGCCGAGCGCGGCCAUGCCCGAGCCCCUUGCACGCCCAGCCCUUGCCAGCUGCGAGGAGACGCGGGCUUGAGCCGCGCCACAGUCGGGAGGCAGGAGACGCCCAACCUGGUGCGCGGGUUUUCCCUCUGCGGACGCCGCCUGCCCGGGAAGGACGCCCGAGGGGAAGCACAGCCAUGAUGGAAGGAAGCCUGCUUUUUCUCUGCUCUUUCCUGAUUCCAGUGAUCUUGGCAGAGGUGACCGAGCAAGAGAAAGAAAAAGAUCCCUUCAACUAUGACUACCAGACCCUGCGGAUUGGUGGCCUGACCUUUGCCGUAGUUUUCUUCACGCUCGGCAUCCUGCUCAUUCUGAGCAGGCGAUGCAGGUGCAGCUUCAACACGAAGGCCAGGGCUCCUGGUGAUGAGGAGGCACAGGCUGAGAACCUGAUUGCUUCAAACGCACCGCAGAAAGCAGAGAACUGAAGCGAAGGUGUACAGCAAAGGAGAGCUGACACUGGACCAGUGGAUCCCAAUGCAAACCAGAUGAUAAAGGGACAUAGAAGUGAUGGCCCCUGGUCCUCUAAGAGAAUCUUGACAUUUUGGUGUCCAUGUUGACCUGUGUCCUGGAAAAUCAGUCCUCCGCUUAACUAUUCCCCACCAAAUCCUUGUCUGAUUACAUAAUGUUCAUCUGUCAUUACCGUGGUUGUGGUCUUGAUAUUGUCCUUGUGCAACUAUCUCCUCUGUGCCCCUCCCUCUUCUCCCAUGCUAGUUUGAUAUUCUGACCCUCCCAGGAGAAGACCUGGCUGUUGCUGCCUUGGUGUGCACAAAGGUUGUGGCUGCCCUCCCCUCCCCAGCUGAAACAAGAGGAGGGGAGGACAAGGCCUGUGGGGAGGGACCAGACUGAGAGAGGAAAGGGAGUCCAGGAAUUUGGUGGUGUUCAGUCUUGGCAACAGCAGCCUGGGGGGGAGGCUGCUGUUGCCCUCUGGCCCUUCUCCUCCCCAGGUGGUGCCUGGGUCCCUCCAGAAGCUACUUGUCAGCAAGGCCAUAGUGGUCUGUGAACGUGCCCAGUGUCUCUGAGGCCAGCCAGCCACAGGGCCAGAAAAGGCGUUGGAAUGGGAGGGCUCUUCUCAGAAGUCUUCACUUGGCUCCCCAGGAGGCUAAGAGGGAAGUCUGGCAGUGUGCUUUCUUCUCUGGUAGAGAUCUGCGGGGAGGGGGGGGGCAGGUCUUGUGAGCUCUUUUGCAAGGCUUUCAUGGGGUGGGGUGAUUCCUGUUACCAUUGACUUGAUUUGGAUAGGGACAUAAGUUCUGCCAAGCUCUCACCCCUGUGGAUUGCAACACAAUAUCCUGCAAGAUUUGGGUUCUUGCAAGUACAAGAAUGAGAAACUCAAUUCCAAGAUGGUUUCCAUUGGAAGUCCAGAGAGGAGCAAAGACCUCUUCCAGAUGAGGGUGGGAAGUAGGGUUGGCCUGACCUUAAUACCCCAUUUCUCAGCCCUAGAAAGCCCCCCCCCCAAGGCUUCCCUGGUUACUUUUCAUCUUCUGCAGCCACCUGGUCAGAUGCCACCAGUUGAGGAGAGCAGAAGAGGAGCCAACCCCUUCCCUUCCUCCCCCUCCCCGUCCCCCUUUCCCUUUCCUUUCUCCUCCCCUUCCCCAGUCUUGUCUUUACUGUGGUUGCCACACCUUCUGUGUUGCCACGUGACUCUGUUAUCUCUGUAGUGUGCAGUAGAUAGCAACCAUUGAAAACAUCUGUGUACAAAUGUUGUAAUUCCAAAACUCAAGCCAUGGUUGUGCAUUCACUUGGUGUAGGCUGCUGUGUGGUUAUGAUAAAGGACUCCCACAUGUUUGUGCUGUGUCUCAACUCAAGAGAAGCAUCAAAUAAAAUAUUGUUUCUAUUUCAGUG